CACAAAGCCCCACCCAAACUGCCUUUACAGAUGGGAAUGGGAUUGUGUUGAACAAGAAGCAAAACUCCACAACCAAAUCUCACUUCACUUCCAUCCAAUCCAUUCCAAUCCAAUCGAUACGGAGUGGGAGACCGUCUGCUUUUCGACUUUUCGGGAUCUCCGGAGAUGUCGUCGGACAACGACGAGCCGGCGUCGGAGCUCACUGACAAGCAGAAAAUCGAGAUCGCCAAGUGGUUUCUCCUCAAUUCUCCCCCCGGCGAAAUCCAAUACGUCGCCAAAGAUAUUAGGGCGGUUGUGAAGAGCGAGAGCCUGUACAGAACCGCUGCAGCGGAGGCUUUUCAUCUGUACAAUAAAUCGCAUAUGAUUUGCCUUGAAUUUCCCGAUAGAAGCGGUGAGGUUCUGGUAACAUCUUAUAGUGAGAUUGAUAAGAAUCAAUAUAUAGAUCCUAGGACUGCACAGGUUGCGAUAGUUGAUCAUGUAAAACAGGUUUGUGAAGAUGUUAGACCAGCAAAUGAUGAAGAACUUCCUUCCUCGUACAUUGAGGAAUAUCGGUGUGCCUUAGACACAGAGAUUAUCAAGUAUGUUAGUGAAGCAUACCCCAAAGGGGUCAGUUCAGUUUAUUGUGUCAGUGGUAAAGACGUGGAGGAGCCAGGCUCUAAUUUUGGGCUUGUUGUUGUAAUUUCUGCUGUUAGACAUAGCCCUCAGAAUUUCUGCAAUGGAAGUUGGAGAUCAAUAUGGCAAAUGGAAUUUAAAGAUGAGCUGCAACUAGUGGAAGUCAGAGGUAAAGUGCAGGUUGAGGCACAUUACUUUGAAGAAGGAAAUGUCCAAUUAGAUGCAAAGCAUGAAUUUAAGGACUCCACAAUGUUUCAGCUACCUAAUGAUUGUGCAACUACAUUGACAAGCAUCAUUCGGCACCACGAGUCAGAGUACCUGAAUUCUCUUCUGGUGUCCUAUGCAAAACUCCCCGACACAACUUUCAAGGAUCUUCGGAGGAAGCUUCCAGUGACACGGACGCUGUUCCCAUGGCAUAACACCCUACAAUUCAGCCUGACCAGAGACAUGCAGAAAAGCUUGGGACUAGAUAAUAAAAAGGGAUAAACAAGGUAAACCAAUUAUUGUACUUCCUACGCUCGCAAUUUUUGCUUUCAUUCUAUAAUGCCCGCAUCGACAAAUCUUAUUAUGAGGCUCCAUGCCUUUAUUUGUUUGCGAUUUCGGACUAAUAUGUUUGUAAGUAUGCGAUAACGGUAGGGUGGGAUGCACGUCAAAUCAAAUAUUUUCCGUUACAAUUUGGAUUAAGCAUUUGAAUUUCCGGGUAACCUA